AUGCCUUCACCGAGUCAUAGAUCACAGUUAUCCUUACAUGGCCAGGGACGAGUGGCCUGCGGCGGAAUUGAAUACGGUACCCUUGUAGAAGAGCCUGGAGGGCGACUGCGCCAACCGGACCUGGCGGUGAGUGUGAACCAGCAUAGAAAGUGUGCGUCCAAGCUCCUUGAUCAUGAGAGUAAAGGCCUGCAGAGAUGCAUCAACCAGGCAUUGCAUGGCGUGGUCCAGUGGAAAGAUUCCAAGGAGGAAGACAGGGCCAGCAUAAGAUGGGAGAGAGAGUUCCCAAUCCGGCCCAUAACGGGCAUUGGGCCAAAAAGCCUCAUCAGGGAGAAGUACACUCUGGAGCAGGACAUCAGGGACAUGGAGGAAGCCAUCAGACACAAGAGUGCUGAGGUUCAGGAGAUGCAGAACGAGCUGGACAGAGAGACCAGCAGUCUGCAGGAGCUGGAGGCCCAGAAACAGGAUGCCCAGGACCGACUGGAGGAGAUGGAGCAGCAGAAACACAAACUGGAGGACAUGCUGAACGAAGUACGGCUGAAGUGUCAGGAGGAGUCCCAUCUGAUCUCCAGCCUUCAGAGUCAGAUCCACUCUCAGGAGUCCGACCUGCAGAGCCAGGAGGAGGAGCUGAGCCGGGCCAAGGCUGACCUGGACAGACUGCACCAGGAGGAGCGACAGCUGGAGCAGAACCUGGCAGCUGGAAAGAUCCAGCUUGAAACCAUCAUCAGUUCCCUCAAGUCCACCCAGGAGGAGAUCAACCAGGCUCGCAGCAAGUUAUCCCAGAUUCAGGACAGCCAGCAGGACAUGUCUAAAGGAAUCGAGCAGUUCAACAGCUCCCUAAACGCAACCAAUGGGGGCAGCAUGACCAACCUGGCCGACAUGAGCGAAGGCUUCAGCGACAGAGAGAGCACUGGGAAGGGGAAGCAGGUGAGCCCUUCUACAUGUCCCAGUACAGAUCCCAGUCUGGUCCCCGUAUGGACCACCUUAAUAUCAGAGUUGUUGAUGUGCUGAUGCCGGUGACUAACA